AUGAAGCACCUUCGCGUCCUAGAAAUAUCGAGUACUAGCGUGUUCGUGUUGCCGGAGUCGGUGUGUACUCUGUAUCAGUUACAGGUGCUGCGAAUAAAAAGCGCUAGCUCGCUUCCUAAACGUCUUAAUAACUUGGUUAGCUUGAGGUAUCUAGAGGCAAAUUCUGAUUUAAUUUCGGGGAUACCUGACAUUGGCAAGUUAACUUCCUUGCAAGGCCUAAAACAUUUUCAGGUGAAAAAGGAAAAAGGAUAUGAGCUAGAGCAACUACAGAACUUGAAUGAACUUCGAGGACGCUUGUGCAUUGAUAAUCUCGAGAAUGUUGAGAGCAGGGAUAGCGCCAUUGCAGCCAAUUUAAAAGAAAAGGAGCAUCUUGAUAUGCUCCAGUUGGUAUGGCGCGAUGGUGAGGACAAUGUAAAUUCUGAUUUGGAUGUCGAAAUUCUCGAGGGCCUCCAAUUGCCUCCCUAUCUUACCAGCCUGAGUUUAGAUGGGUAUCGAGGACGGUCGUGCCCGUCUUGGCCCGAAUGUCAAACAUCCGAUAUUCAGGAAUUUGCACUGACGUGGUGUGGAAUGCUAGAAGCGCUCCCACUGAUGAUGGACCAGAUUUACCGAUCAUGCAUAUCACUUGAGCUCUCGCAUCUUCCUAAACUUAAAGCAUUACAUGCCCUUCCACCACAGCUUACAAUACUCAUAAUAGAAAAUACACUGUCUCUCAUCUUUGUAACAAAAGAAGACUUGCAUAUGAGCCCAGCCGACAAGAGAUCCAUAAUAGAGGUCAUGAGGAAAAGGAUGCCGAAAUGGUUUCCCCACCAAUAUCAAGAGUCCUUAGUCAACAAUGAGAAAGAAAUGAUGAAUUUCAUAGCCGCAACGAAUGACUCCAACAAUGAAGCUUGCUCUGCAAAGCAUAAUAAGAGUGCGCCUGCUGCCGACGUGGAUAUUACUGCUGUCUGGGGGAGAUGGUUGGAGGUGCAUGAGCGAAAGAUGGAAUUGAUUUACAGCAGACAAAAUGAGGCCAAAUUGCUUCUGCCCUCUACCCUUACCGAGCUCUGGCUUAAGGGAUGCAACAUUACUAACCGCGCAUUGUCGGCAAGCCUACAAACUCUUACCUCCCUCACCCGCCUGUCGCUAGAAGAGAUCAGAACAGUAACCCGUCUGCCAUCUGCAGAUGUCCUUGGCAAGUUAACAUCACUCCAAGCUAUAAUUCUACGAGAGUGCUGGGCCAUCACUUCGCUGGGUGGUAUGGGAUCCCUCCCUUGUCUCACAGAUCUCUUUCUAAGUGGAUGCCCCUGCUUGGACAGUGAAACUGCUUUCCUGCCGUCCUCGUUGCAGUCUAUCCUUUUUGAGUCUUGUGCAGAUGUAGAUGUAAUCCUAGCCAAUGCAGAUUUGCCAUGUCUAUCUGAUCUUAUGAUAACUCAUUGUCAUAUGCGAACAGCAUCGUUACAGUUUGGCGACCUCCGAUCUCUUCGCUCCUUGAGUAUUAGGCAUUGUCCUGGGCUCUUAUCCUUGGUGUAUCUGCAGAAACUGAACUCUCUAGAAUUCCUCAUUCUGCAGAACUGCUCAAAUCUGGAGGCAGUGAAGAAUUUGCCCAGGUCACUCAAGAGUAUAGUAAUACACGGAUGUCCGAUUUUGGAGAAGGAAUCCGUAGAAAUUGAGCCCCUUUCGGGCAGGCGUAUGCUCAACGGCAUCCCUGUAGAAGACAGCUUCGAACAUGCUCUGUAAUGUGGAAAAAAGGCAUCUGGUGGGCAAUUAGCUUCUGAAGAUGGGGGAAAAAGAAUAAAGGUUUAUUAAUGGGUAUGUAUAUUGUUAUUGUGUGGGUUAUUAAUUGUUGUCAAAGAGUUGGUUUGGCCAUCCAAAAA